UGUUUCUCAUUUUAUAAAAAUAUUUUGGUAAUAUUAUAUUUUAAUAUGUUGAGAACAAAUAGUCAAAAUAAUCUUAACAAUAGUAAAGACCAAAUAGCUAAUUUCAAUAUUAAUCAACCAAGCAAUAAAUCAAUUUUGUCAUCCUAUGUUCUAAAUAAUUUAAUCAACAAAAUUCAAUCUGUAUUUGUGGAUACAAGUUCAUGGAAAUCAAGUCGUUGUAAUAUAACAUUAGACAUAAAAACAUUUUCUAAAACUUGGAAAAUUAUGGACAAAGUCGUCAGAUUAUGCCAGCACCCUAUCAUAAAUCUUAAUCUAAGCCCUCCUUAUAUUUUGGAUAUAUUGCCUGAAAUGUAUAAUUUUAUAAGAUCUAUUAUUUUGCCUGAAUAUUAUAACAUAGAAACAUUAAAUGAUAAUAUAUUUCUAUGCAUUUUUAUUGAAAAUAUUAUUAAAAAGUGCAAACAAACUAUUAAACUUUUCAAAAUUGCAAAAAAUAAUAUGUAUAUUGAAACAUCUACAUAUCGCAGGAGCUUAACCAAGAUUACUUUAAUAUUCUCUCAUAUGAUGAUUGAACUAAAAGCAAUUUUUCCAAAAGGACAUUAUAUAGGAAAUAAAUUUAGAAUCACAAAAUCUGAUGCAGCAGAUUUUUGGAAAAAGUCAUUUGGAAACAAAAUUAUAGUCCCUUGGAAACAAUUCCUUCAAGAAUUAAACAAACACCAUCCUAUUUCAUCCGAAAUUGAAGCCACCGCACUUAAAACUACUAUUGACUUAAGCUGCAAUGACUACAUAUCCAUAUUCGAAUUCGAUGUUUUUACUCGUCUUUUUCAACCCUGGAUGAGUCUUUUACAUAAUUGGAAAUUGUUGGCGGUGACGCAUCCGGGCUACAUGGCCUUCUUGACUUACGAAGAAGUGAAAGAUAGAUUGACUUGCCAUAUAAACAGACCCGGCAGUUACGUGUUUCGUUUGAGCUGCACCAGACUUGGCCAAUGGGCCAUAGGCUACGUGACGAAAGAUGGAAAAAUAUUGCAAACUAUCCUUCAAAAUAUGUCGUUGUGUCAAGCACUACACGAGGGCUAUCAACAAGGAUUCUAUUUAUAUCCCGACGGCCAAAUGGAUCAAGAUGAAAUUAUCCGUAUACCUCUAACUACUAAUCAUUCUUCCACUCUUUCCGUCUCCGAUCAUAGCAUAGGCUCAAACAUUACGCCAAUUAAUCAGGAUAAAACCCGCAAAACAUCGAAACCGACCAAACCUCAUCGUAAAAUUCAACGCUUGAACGCCCUUUUGCAACAAACUCUACAAGAAAAUAUAAAUUUUAUUGAGGCCAGAGGAGAAGGAAGGUUUCAAGUUAGUAAAGAACAAUACGAGAUUUAUUGUCAGGCUGGAACUACUUAUCAAAGUUGCAAGAUCUGUUCAGAGAACGAUAAAGAUGUCAAGGUAGAACCAUGUGGACAUUUGCUGUGUAAACCAUGUUUGAGAAAUUGGCAGGAAUCGGAAGGAGGUAUUAAUUGCCCCUUCUGCAGGUCCGAGAUCAAGGGAACCCAGGAUAUAGUGGUGGACCCUUUCCAAGAAGAGCGAAACCCCAGUCAUUUCGAUAAAUUUAACGAAAGCCACCUCAAAUUACCAUUGAUCGAUAUUUGUAAAUCACCCAAUAAUAAGGACACUACGCGUUCGAGAGUUAAUGAGCCCACUACUUCUUACGUUAAUCUUAAUGGGGAAUCUAGAACCAAUGAUAUUCAAUCUUCGGAUGAAAUUAGCGAAAAUAUUGUUAAUAAUGGUAGUAUAGAAACCGAGGAAGAAGAAGCAUGGGACGCGGAUAAGAGUCAGAUCCACGAGUUGUCCAUUUUUUUCUCGCCGAAUAAUUUGCAUUAUAACCAGAGGAGAAAAUACACUCCCUCGCCUGAUCAAUCUCCGAUUCCAUGUUCGCUCAAUAAAAUCCAUAUCAAACAAAAUCCACCUGAAUUGCCUCCUAGAUUUAAAGGUGUAAAUGAUUCGAAUAUUUAUCCACGGCGCACUGAAGCCUUAGUAUCCUCUCAGUCAAUGGAUACGAUACAGCAUGAAAAACCACAAUUUUAUUCAUUUAAACAAAGUCGAAAACAAUACCCUUGUUCUAAAUCUACCACCUCCCCUUCCAAAAAAUGCUUGUUUGGAAUUUCGGUUAAAAGUGGCAAAAUUGUCAUCUUAAACCGCGAAGAUUUAAUAACCGUAAAUCGUAUCAAGGAUGCUAACCAUUCGGAUAUAAUUAUUCGCCACUCAAAAUCAAAAUCUCUGGAACCUUCAGAUUUUCAAGAUUUACGAAAUCACCAAUCUACGAAUUUUCAAACAACCGACCUUGAUAAUGAUAUAAAUGAUCAUAAGCUGCCUCAUAACAAUUCUAGCGAAGGUGCCGAAAAUAAACGCUCAUAUCAAAAUCAAGGCGAUCUCGAAGAAUUAGUGAGUCAGCAGAAUGCCAGCAUCUCACAUCAAGACCUAUCCCCUAAUUUAUUUUCUCCUCUGUUACCGUCUGCCUUACCUUCACCAAUUAAGCCAGAGUGUCUGGUAGAUUAUAAAAAGCAAUCCUUCAUUUUUUGAAAUUCCUAUUUAUUUUACGUAGAAUUAUUAUAAAUAGUUAGUAAUGGAAUAAUCCUUAAUUAAAAUAAUUAUUGAUAUAGGGAAUUUAAGAAUCGCUUAUCAUUUUUAAAUUUAAAAGUCCUUUACAAAUCUCGCAUAUAAUUAAAUAUAAAUU